AUGUUAACAACUCACCGUGCCAUAUCUUCUGGUUCUAAGAGAAUAAAUCCCUACAAAAUAAUUUGCUCACCAUGUAGUCGUCGGUCUUUCACUCAAAGAUUAGUCAGAGUCAAUGACAUUGUUCUGUUGAAGCCGGAGACGAAUCCAAGAGCUGUACCUACUUUGUCAAAGCCUCUAAAACUAGGCGAUUCUCUUGUGUUCAGGGAUCACAGAAAAGUCAAGGCAGAUGACGUUAUUGGAAAACCAUACAGGUCUGUAGUGGCUGGUGGUAGAAGAGCAUUAUUUCGCAUAUAUGAACCUACGCUUGGUCAAUAUUGUGAUAAUGCUCCAAGGAUUGUGACACCUAUCUAUUCCUCAGAUGCAAGCUUGAUUGUUUCUCUACUGGACCUCAAUUUUGCGGCAGUACCAUCUAGUCAAUCUGAAACCCUCAUAGAGACUGAGAAGUUUCGUCCCAAUAGGCCACUUAAUGAACCUGUUGGUUCGCAAGAUGAAGAUGAUUUGAAGCCGGAAUCUACAGAUGUUCUAGAGAAGGAUGAAUUGUUGGAAGAGACCAAGGAACUUCCCAGAGAGCCAACAGAACUUACAGACGCAGAAAUUUUCGAGGACUGGGAUUCGGUGGAACAAAACAAUGAAAGACUGGAGAUUUUCGAGGCUGGUACUGGUGCCGGAUCAUUAACUUUGCAUCUUGCUCGAGCGAUCCAUGGAGCAAACACAAGGGCUCCGCCAAUACCGAGGCUUCCUAAGACAAAGGGCAAGGUUACUCCAGAUGACGAUAUUUACCGAUACGGAGGCAAGUUUGGCGAGAGAAAUGAGAAAAUGACUGAUCUAUAUAAUGAAUGGCGUUCACAGCGACGAGCCGUGAUUCAUAGCCUAGAUGCGGAUGAACACCACUCGAGACAUGCACAAAGAACUGUAAGAAAUUACCGUCAUGGAGUGUAUUUUCCCCACAUCGAUUUUCAUGUUGGUAGUAUUCACGAUUACCUUUCAAAACGUUUGGAAGAGACUAAAGGUGUCUUCCUUGAUCACGCCAUCUUAGAUAUACCCGGCAUACAAGAUGAAAUGGAGAUCGUGGGAAAAUGCAUCAAACCUGAUGGGCGUUUAAUCACAUGGUGCCCUAGUAUCACACAACAUAUGAAGUGUCUAGAAAUCAUAAAAGGAAAGAAAUUGCCUUUCGUAUUGGAUCGGGUGUUAGAAUUGGGGUCGCAACUUAGUACAGGAGGACGCGAAUGGGAAGUGAGAUCAGUAAAGCCUCGAGCACUGAUCAAAGCCGAGAAGAAAGCCAAAGCUGAGGAAAUGGAGAGAGAGGAUAGAUCCAAAACUGCAUUUGCUGUUGAUGAAUGGCUCACUAAGAUUUCAAGCAAAGAGGAGGAUGAGGUGACCAGUGAAGAUGUGGAAACAUCCGAACCUGAAAGUGUUACUGUUCAAGCAAGUACAGGAGAAGCGAGUGAUCUCAAUGAUAUGUCAGGAUGGGAAAUGAUUUGUAGACCUAAAGUUGGAGAUAGGAUAACGGGUGGAGGAUUUGUUGGAGUCUGGAAGAAGAUGGAUAUGAAUGUUUAA